ACAUCAAUGCUCUCAGAUUGAUUCUCCACGUGCAGCUUGUUAUUCUCAGUUAAUUUUUGUGAGGGUAUUUUUUGCGAAAUUUUUUGAACUGAAAUUCUAGAUGAUAAUUGAUAUUGAAUUAGUUUUUAAUGUUUCUAUUUAUUCUAAGAGAACAAAAUCGAAGUUUGCGUGCUUUUAGAAUUGAAUUUCCCGCUGGUAAAGUCGAUUAGCAGACGACUUUGGCAAGUGGAUUUGCGGCAUAUAACUCCAUUGUUGCAAUACAUAACCUCUAGAACUUUAUAAGUAGUUAUAGAAGUCGGCUAAGUGAGUCAGAAAUGAUUGACGAACGAAAUUUUAGAUCCUCCUACUAUGAAAAGGUGGGGUUCAGAAGUGUCGAGGAGAAAAAAUCUCUGGAAAUGCUUCUUCGAGAUCGACCAUUUGACAAGGCAAAACUUAAGCAGUUCUGCCUGCGAUUCACAGUGCCAGUGAUUUACAGAAAUUUACUAUGGAAAAUCUUGCUUGGCGUUAUACCUGUGUAUGAAGAAAGUCAUGCUUUUGUCAUGGCACAGAGAACUGCAGAAUUUAAAGAUCUGAGAAAAGCUCUGAAAGAUGCUAAAAUCACAGACGACACUACAAAACCCCAUCAAAUGUUUCUCAUGAUGUGGCUCUUGAGAACUAGGAGGGCCAAGAUAGAUAUCAGUUCACAAUUAGAAACUCAAUUAUUAAGAGCAAUGAGUAAAAUGGCUGAAAGCCUCUGGAACAUAAGCGAUGCUGACCAUGAACAAGAUAAACUUGUUGACGUGUAUUGGAUCCUUAGUGGAUUCCUAGACCAGGUACAGAAAUUCAGCACAGAAGUUGGACGACUGCAAGAAUGUACCUGUUCAAUGCUAGAGAGAGAAGACAAGGAACUCUAUAAUCAUCUAAUAAAUAUAGAAUCUCUGCAGACUUUGCCUUUCGAGCUAUGGUUUCACUCAUGUUUUGCUGGAACCAUAAGCGAUGGCUCAAUAACCAAGAUUUGGGAUAAGAUAGCUGUAGGAGCUUACAGAAUCUUAAUUUUUGUAGCAAUUGUCAUGUUGACUACAAUAAGACGUUGUAUCUUAAGGUGUGAUACCUUGGAUAAAGUAUUGGAAGCUAUCAAUAACAUAACCGAGGAAAUUUCGGAAGUCAUUGUAAACAAAGCGAUAGAAGGCUGGCAGCAAAGUGGUUCAGCGAUGCUGACGUCACAGAAUCCGGCGCCCUAUACGCAAAACACGUGAAAAGAUGCCUUCAAGUUGCUGUGAUAAUUUUGUGAAUUAUCUUGUACAUAAAUUACGAUCUAAUAUAUACACACAAUGUUUCGUUUCAUUUAGAAUCGCGUGCUAAGAUUUGAGAUCGUAGGAUUAGACUUUUUUUAUACGAGAAACGCGAACAACAUCAUGAAUAUCAACUCAAUUCGUUAUUAGUACGUUGAAUAUUGUGUACUAAGUUCUUCUGAUUGGGAAAUGAAAAUUAUUUAUUUUUGUACGCCAUGUAUAUUAUGCGAAUUAGUGAAGAGGAGCAAGGAAUAAAAGCAUCGAGGUGUCUUUAUCUUAAAAA